UCCGUGAGCCGACCGAAGAUUCCUGAACGCUCUCGCACAUCAACCGGCGCACCGCAUGCUGCUACAUGGAACAAGAACAAGUGUCUCUCAUCGUCCGCUGACAGAAGCCCACUGUAGCCAUCCUCGCCACACGUAUUUCGCUGCUGUAGUCACGUUCUUCCUCGUAUCCACCGCUCUUUGACGCUUAACUUGUCACCAUGUCAGUAGUCGGGUUCGACGUCGGCUUCAUGAGCUGCUAUGUAGCGGUAGCCAGAGCCGGCGGCAUUGAAACUGUCGCCAAUGAAUACAGUGAUCGCUCCACACCAUCAUGUGUUUCAUUUGGCCCCCGAAACCGUUCAAUUGGUGCAGCAGCAAAAAGCCAGGUCGUCACAAAUUGUAAGAACACAGUGCAGGGAUUCAAGCGGUUCCAUGGUCGGGCAUUCACAGAUCCGUACGUGCAGCGCCUCAAGUCCAGUCUGGUCUAUGAUAUUGCACAAAUGCCUACGGGAACAACUGGUAUCAAGGUGAUGUACAUGGAGGAAGAGAAGGUGUUCAGCAUUGAGCAGGUCACUGCCAUGCUGUUGACCAAGCUGAAGGAAACAGCUGAAGGUGCGCUGAAGAAGCCCGUGGCUGAUUGUGUCGUCUCUGUCCCGUGUUACUACACCGAUGCUGAGAGGAGAUCAGUCGUCGAUGCUGCACAGAUUGCAGGACUCAACUGCUUGAGGCUUAUGAAUGAGACAACUGCAGUGGCACUGGCAUAUGGUAUCUACAAGCAGGAUCUUCCUCCUCCCGAAGAGAAAGCCCGGAAUGUGGUGUUUGUGGACCUCGGCCAUUCUGGGUACCAGACAUCAGUGUGUGCCUUCAACAAGGGCAAACUUAAGGUCCUUGCUACAGCCUGUGACCCAGAAUUGGGAGGAAAGGAUUUCGAUGAAGCUCUCGUCAAGUACUUCUGUGAGGAAUUUGCCAAGAAGUACAAGCUUGAUGUGAGGUCCAAGCCCCGCGCUCUGGUCAGACUCUACCAGGAGUGUGAGAAGCUGAAAAAACUCAUGAGUGCCAACUCCUCUGACCUGCCGCUUAAUAUCGAGUGCUUCAUGAAUGAUAUUGAUGUCUCUGGAAAGCUCAACAGAGGUCAUUUUGAAGAAAUGUGCUCCGAUCUCUUGACCAAAGUUGAACCUCCUCUGCAGCGCUUGCUGGAACAAACCAAACUGAAAAAGGAGGACAUCUAUUCAGUGGAGAUAGUGGGCGGAGCCUCCAGGAUCCCUGCUGUCAAAGAGAGAAUCAGCAAAUUCUUCGGAAAAGAACUGAGCACCACACUGAAUGCUGACGAGGCAGUGGCCAGAGGAUGUGCUCUGCAGUGCGCGAUACUCUCACCCGCCUUCAAAGUGCGUGAAUUUUCCAUCACCGAUGUCACGCCAUAUCCCAUCUCCCUCAAGUGGCAUUCUGCUGCUGAGGAAGGCCUGAGUGACUGUGAGGUUUUCCCCCUGAAUCACGCAGCACCUUUCUCUAAGGUGUUGACCUUUUACCGGAGAGAGCCAUUUACUUUGGAGGCCUACUACAACUGCCCUAAUGAGCUGCCCUACCCUGACCCCACGAUUGGACAGUUCAUGAUCCAGAAGGUUGUUCCACAGGCGUCGGGUGAAAGCUCCAAGGUGAAAGUGAAGGUGCGAGUGAACAUCCAUGGUAUUUUCAGCGUCUCCAGUGCCUCUCUGGUCGAGGUGCUAAAGUCAGAUGAGACGGAAGAACCCAUGGAGACAGACCAGACCGUCGAUAAAGAAGGGGAGAACAAGAUGCAAACUGACCAGGAAGAGCAGCCGGCUAGCGCGGAAGAUACAAAAGAAAGUGAGGAUAAGACGCCGAAAGAGAAUGAGGAGAUGGAGACGACCACAGAGGAAAACAAAGGCGAGAAGAAGUCGGACCAGCCCCCACAAGCCAAAAAGCCCAAAGUUAAAACAAAAGUUCUUGAACUUCCGAUUGAAAACAGUCCGCAGUGGCAGCUAGCUGAUGACAUGCUGAACCUUUUCGUUGAAAAUGAGGGUAAGAUGAUUAUGCAGGACAAGCUGGAGAAGGAGAGGAACGAUGCCAAGAACAACGUGGAAGAGUAUGUGUACGACAUGAGGGACAAGCUGCAUGGAAUGUAUGAGAAGUUUGUCGGUGAAUCGGAGAGAGAUACUCUGUCCCUGAAGUUGGAAGACACUGAGAACUGGUUGUAUGAAGACGGCGAGGACCAACCCAAACAGGUGUACAUUGACAAACUGGCGGAGUUGAAGAAAUUGGGGCAGCCCAUCCAGGAGAGGUACUUGGAGGCCGAGGAGAGACCGAAAGCAUUCGAUGAGUUGGGAAAACAGAUCCAGCAGUAUAUGAAGUUUGUGGAGGCCUUCAAUAUGAAGGAGGAACAGUAUGAUCACCUGGACGCAGCUGACGUCUCCAAAGUGGACAAACUGACCAGCGAGGCGAUGAUGUGGAUGAACAGCAGCAUGAACCAGCAGAGCAAACAGAGCUUAACGGUGGAUCCGUCUAUUAAAGUCAAGGACAUUCGAGCAAAGACCAGGGAGUUAUUCUCUGCUUGCAACCCGACUGUGACCAAACCCAAACCCAAGGUGGAGUUACCCAAGGAGGAGGCCCCUGCUGACCAGAACGGCCCCGUCAACGGACAGGAGAAAGCCCAGGGGGACGGCGCUGACCAAGGAUCGACUGAGAACACAGCGAACCCCGCUUCAGAAACGGAAAACAAGCCUGAUAUGGACCUUGAUUAGAGCCACACAAAUCCUCUGGGAGCCUUGCCGGGCGGAAGAUUUGGAGUGAGAUGCAGUCUGAGUGUGUAAGUGUGAGCGUGCGUGUGUGUGUGUAUCAGAGCAGGGGAGAUGUUUCAGGUAUGGCACUGCACCGUCUAACAGGCAGGGCUGUUAGCACACUGAGCCCACUUCCUGGGGGCUCCUCUGACGACAUAGCAUGCAUCUCUCUUAUUCCCGACGACGUAAAUCAAAAGCCAGCCGCAAUAAGUCUGUUCGACAAUGAGCGCUGUACACAUGAUGGUAUUUAUUUCUGUUGUGUGCCCCGUACGUGUUCUGGUCUGUGUCACAAUAUGGUUUUAAUAAAGUUAUUGAAAAUGACUUGUAUCUACCCACGAAAAGCGCAGACUGAUUUCUUGCUGA